GCCAUGUCAAGAAUGAGGACCUCUGUCCCUCGUUUUGUGUAAAUUUUAGUGACCUGGCAUUCAAAUUCAUCCGCAGAUGGUCACGAUGCAAAUCCUCACACCACACGUGUAUUGGGCUCAGCGUCACAGGGAGAUUUAUCUGCGGGUUGAACUGUGCGAUGCGAAGAAUAUUGACAUCAGCCUGCAAGAGAACACCCUUCAAUUCAAAGCCCAGGGCCAUGGAGCUAAAGGAGACAAUGAAUAUGAGUUCAAUUUGGAGUUCCUGGAGCCGGUAAAGCCUGAGUUCAGCCACAAGUCCACCCAGCGUCAGGUGGACGUUAAAAUCCAGAAGCAGACCAAGUGCUGGUGGGAGCGGCUGACGCUACAGGAGAAAAAGCCCCUCUUCCUGGCUCCAGACUUCGACCGCUGGCUGGACGAGUCCGACGCAGAAAUGGAACUUCAGCGUAAGGAAGAGGAGAAAAUAAACAGGAUAAGCGUGGAGUCACGAGUUCGUAAAGACCCUCUCUUUGGUUUGAAGAAAGGUUAUUUAUUCAUGUACAACCUUGUGCAGUUCUUGGGUUUCUCUUGGAUCUUUGUCAAUAUGACUGUUCGACUCUUCAUUCUGGGUCAAGAUUCAUUCUACGACACGUUCAACACCACAGCUGAUAUGAUGUACUUCUGUCAAAUGCUGGCCCUGGUUGAGGUUAUCAACCCCUUGUUGGGCUUAGUUAAGACAGGAUUUUUUCCACCUAUGAUACAGGUGGCUGGAAGAAAUGUCCUUCUGUUUGUCAUCUUCGGCAGUCUGGAACAGAUGCAGAACAAACCUGUUGUCUUCUUUGUGUUUUACUUGUGGAGCACCAUUGAGAUCUUUAGGUACCCAUUCUACAUGCUGGCCUGCAUCGAUACAGAUUGGCGACUGUUGACUUGGAUGAGAUACACCAUCUGGAUUCCUCUGUACCCACUGGGGGUCCUAGCAGAAGCGGUGGCUGUCAUCCAGUCCCUGCCUAUCUUUGAUGAGACACGUCUGUUCAGCCUCCCCCUGCCCAAAGCUCUGGGCGGGUCUUUAAGCUUCUCCUACACGCUGCAGCUCUACCUGGUCCUCAUGUUCCUGGGACUCUUCAUUAAUUUCCGCCAUCUCUACAAGCAAAGGACGAGACGAUUCCGCCGGAGAAAGAGGAAAGUCAAUUGAAGGACUGGACCCCUGUUCAGCCCACAGUGGGAAACUCUCCUCUGUCAAAAGAUAAAAUGGCUUUUUUUAGAUUCCUAUUUUACUGAUGACUGCCUUCUCAUCUUCCUUCGACCCACAUAUUCUUUCAUACUAAACACACAGUAUAUAUCACUAUUCUUCCUUGGGUUUGGGCGCCUGUUGGCCAAUUUUUGACUCAGUCGUGUGAAUCCCACCAACUUGUCCAACACUGAUGUGUGGACAUUGUCUGGAAAGUCGGUGCUGGUUGAGCCAGUGCUUCACUAAGGCAAAUUGAAGUUAUUACCAUUUUGAAUGUCUUUAUGUAUGCAUAAGAUUAAGAUGUACAUUAUUAAUCCCUGUGGGGAAAUUCUGCUCUGCAUUUAACCCAGCCUAGCUGUGUAGUGAGGAACAGUGGGCAGCCGCCAUGCAGCGCCCGGGGACCAACUCCAGUUCUUCUUGCCAUGCCUCUGUCAAGGGCACAGACAGGAGUGUUAACCCUAACAUGCAUGUCUUUUUGACGGCAUGCAGAUCCCCAACUUAAAGCAUCUCUCUUUAAUUUGGGGAUCUGUGACCACCGUCCUGCACUUCAUAUACACUCUCAUUUUUUAAAUUUCCAUUUUGAUGAAAUUUUACUUUUCUGGUCACAACUUUCCAGAAGUCUGUGUUUAUCCGUUUUUAAAGAGUAACUGCACACUUAAGUUUUUUUUAUUUUUCUUUAUUGAAAAAUUAAAAUAUAUGGCUUUGCAUCUGCAGAUAUGAACGUUUGCUUUUACAACAAGAAAAGCAAAUGUUUAUAUUUGCAUAUGCAAAUAUGAAAUUUGCUUUUCGUGUUGUGACCCUGUUGGUUGAACACUACUGUAGGCCUGAUCUGAAUGCUUGUGUGUCCAAGUAGUUUUCAUACACAGUCACGUCACACCUGUUAAAAAAAAAAAGGAAAAAAGCGUGACUGUUACCAUGUCCACUGAUCAGAGAGACAGUCUGAUCCCAAUCAACCAUAUCCGCUCUUGUCUGUAGCACAAAUUCCCUCCACUUAAAUGUCCUUUUCUGAGCAUGUUCCAAAGAUGACAAAGGGCCACAACGCAGCUUAUAUUGGGGUGGUAAUGUUGCUCUUUAAUUUUCAAAUUUAAGUUCCUUGUUCCUUUAUACACUUGCUCAUUUUUAUUUGACUUUGGAAACAUUUUACUUUUCUGUGUUGCUGACAACUUUCUGGGGACUGUACACAUUCACAAGGUGCAAAAAAACAAAAAACACCUCAGAUCCCUCCGUAUCAGAAUGUGUAAUUAUAAAUGCAUAGUCAACAAGACACGCAUACACUGGGAGUUGCUGUCUUUAUGGAUAUAUCCUAACAGCUUACCUGAAAGCUUCAAACACAUCCCCUAAAAUCAAGGAGCACUGUGAAAUAAAUCAGUGUCGCAUAAUAUUAUUCUUGCAGUUGCAUAUUUUAGAAUUGUUAUCCCAUAGUCUCUCUGCGUACAGGUGUGUAGGCCCAAAUUACAUCAAAGAGGAGACAUUUCAAUGACUGUUCCUUAUACACGGGACCAGUGGCUUAGGAGUUUGCCAAACUAGAUCGUCAUUGAUACAGAAUGGUACAUACAUAGCAUGUCUCAUUGUUGAACUCUCCAACAUUUCAGAAUAUCCAACGCUGACUGAUGUCCCGAGCCUUGAGCCAUGCAUGGCACAUUCACUCAUUUACUACUAUUGGCAAAAUCAUAUAAAUAAAUGUACUAGCACAUAUUUCAAUAAAUAAAAUAAAUAAUGAUAACCUACAGUACAUGCGUAUACCUGAUAUUCUUAUAAUAUUGUUUAUAGGGGGAUGCUUGAGCUCAGUCCUUGAUCGGUUUAGGGUUGUUGGUGGUUCUGGAAGCUGCUGAUUGGGAAUGGAGGCCCGGCUGUGGACACUGACAGGCAGUACUCAGAGUAACUUUCUUGGAGUAUCAGUAGAUAAAGUGGGACGAUAUGUCCACAUGAUCAGGGUUGUUUCUUGAGGCCAUCACAGAAUUGAGUCUUGCAUCUCAAGGUUUUAUAGCUCAGAGAAUAUUUAGUUUACGACGCAAUGCAAACUUUUUGUUUGGUUUUUGGAGGAUAUGUGUGCUCAUUUUUAAUUUGUCUUGAUUUUAUUUUAUUUUUUCAUGGAAAGUGCACCCGUGGCAGAUGCAGCAUUGGGUGGUCACUGAUGUACCAACUUAUGAUGGCCUCUGCUCAGAGUCAAAGUGUUUGUGAGACAACUGUUCAGGAUGGACACAAUUCAUACAGCAAGCAUGCUGCCAGCAAAUGGUUGUCUCGAUCGGUGAAUCUGCCAAGUCAUAUUGUAACACCCUAGUGUUUAUACUCCAUUUCCUGACAGAAUUUCACCUUCUAUGCCUUUUUUUUUUUUGCAUUAGUUGUGAAGAAAUUAACACAACGAUGUCUGCAGAUUAAAAGAAAACUUGGAAAGACAUGUUUUUGUUUUUUUUGGCUACAUGCAAAAAGUUGCAUUCAUUUUUUUUUUGUACUUUAUUUUUUUCUUUGUGCUUGCCCCCCCCCCCCCAUGUGUUUGAAAUUGUAUGUCUGUCUUAUGAAACACGUUUGAAUCAAAGAAAAACAACAACGGCUGAUGGACCAACAGCCCAUCAGUAGAGGUCUCUGGACGUCACCGCGGAAUGUUGAGGAGCUCUCAGUUGACUGAGAGACGACCAGCGGGGGUCCUGCAGGGUCCUCCGAGCAAGUGGAACAUUCACACAACGACUUUUAACCAACUGGUUUUCUAAAAUCCGAAAUGUCCCCGUUAGUGUGUUGAAUGAAUAAAGUCAAUAAAGCUGUUUGAGUUCAAACAA